AUGCCCGACCUAAGCCUGAGAUUGCCUCAGGACGGCGCCUCCGCGGCCAGCUCGGUUCAAGCGUACAUCCUUGGCCCGAGGCGCGCCACCGCCUGCACGACGCAGCAGAACCUUCGCCCAGCGCUGGGAGGGCGCGCACCGCGCCGUCGGAGAGCUUGGGGGGGGGCGCCCCUCCGCAUGGCGGCCGCGCUCGCGCCGGGCGCGGGGCCGCCCUGCCGCCAGGACUGCGAGGCGGCCGAGCCCCUGGCGCUGCUGCGGAGCCUGGCGGCGCUGCCGGCGGGCCACCCGCCGGCGGGCGAGGCGCUGCGGCUGCUCUGCGUGGCCGAGCGCCUCGCCGGCGAGGACCGCUGGGGCGAGCUGGAGGUGCUCGAGCACUUGCCGCUGGGCCGGUGGCUGAUCCGCGGGGCGCACUUCUCGGAGGACUUCGCCUCCUGCCGCCAGGAGGUGGUGGUGCCCAUGGACGCCCACGACGUGCUGUCGCUGCACCUGCACGACAGCUGGCGGAGGCAUUUGGCGCCGAGGCCGUCUUCUACGCCCUCCUCGACGGGGGCGAGGGCGUGGUCAUCUACGAGGUGCGCCCCGCUCCGCUGCUUCCGCCCCUCGCCGCGCGCCCGCUGUGCGAGGCGGCCGUGCCGCCGCCGGCGGCGCUGGCGGCCGCCGUGGCUGCCUUCGAGCAGGAGGCGGCGGAGGGCCCCGCGCCCGGCGAGGCCC